AGGUCUUCAUCAUGGAAAAGUUUGGGACGCAGGGAAUCCUUAUUGUUUACAUCCUUCCAUCUCGUACGCUGGGGGCGGGCGGAUCCACCCUCAUUCUUUAGUGUUCACGUCAUUGUAACGGUGUUUUUUGUGAAUGAAAGAAUCCAACCCCACAGAACAGAGUAAUUCCGGGAAAAGGCGAACUGACAUUUUGUCGCUUGACUCGCUUCGACUUGAACACAGUAUUUGACGUUUCUCCGUGUUUUAAAAACAUUUGUUUAUACAAUUGUGUUGACAACUGAAGGACAGGCAGCUGGUACUCUCCAACGACAUAGCCAAGGACAAAUCGUCUGUAAAAUCAGUGUUUACUGGUGUCGGAGACAGAGGAUAAAGCCAGACCAUGACGUCAGAAAGAAGCAGCAAAGCCCUGAAGGUGAAGCGGGAGUGUGGUGAGAAUGUUCCGGUGUUGUCGGACAGCGAGCUCAUGUCCUUGUCUGUACGGGAGCUCAACCUCCACCUACGGGGUCUAUCCCGCGAGGAGGUCCAGAAGCUCAAGCAGCGCCGGCGCACCCUGAAGAACCGUGGCUACGCGGCCAGCUGCCGGGUGAAGCGCGUGUCCCAGCGUGAGGCCCUGGAGCAGCAGAAAAAGGAGCUCCAGAGGGAGGUGGAGAGGCUGGGUGUGGAGAACGCUGGGAUGAGGAGAGAGCUGGAGGGCCUGGGGGCCAGGCUGGCUGCCCUGCAGAGGUUCGCCCGUGGGUUAGAGUCUGGAGGAGGUAACAUCCUGGCUACGGCCCCACGCCUGAACACAGCCUCGGUCAUUACCAUAGUGAAGACCCCGCCACAGGCCCACGUCCAAAGAGAGCAGGGGGGCUCCUAGGAGGAACCGUUCGGGCUGGGGAGGGACUCAUGCACGCACAUACUCUCAUAUAGACACACACACACACACAGGCAGACACAUGGAGAGCGCAGGAGGAUUGGAGGAACACAGACAAAUAGGCACUUAUGAAACUCACGCGCUUAGGAUGAUACACAUACACUCGCACACCAGGGUUUCCGUUAGAAACAUGUGACGCCAGACCUUUGAACGGCAGUGUUUUAAUUUCCCGGACAUUUAAGAUGUUUACCGACUCAUAUGUAUUGGGUGUGUAACUUGAUUAGGGCGUCCACCCACGGUGCUCAGAAUGACAAAUCACAUUUCGAUUAUGGUUAUUCUUCUUAACGGGACGUGGAACUCGAGGGUGCAACGAUGUGAAUACUUCUUACCGAAUUCCGAUGCGCAAUUUGAAGAUGUUAGAAUAACUGUCCACAUUUACUUUUCCUCAGCCAACAAGAUGAGUAAUGAACAUAGCCUAUGUCAAUCUAGCCUAUUCCAACAUAGCCUAUUCCAAACAGACUGGGACAGUUGUGGGACGAUAGAUCCCAAAUUCAUAUAACCAGUUGGCCUAGUUUAUAUCCCAAUUUUUAAAGCAAUGAGGCUCAUGCAACAGAUCUGAAAGUUUAGCUUAAAAUGUUCAUAAGCAAAUUUCUUCACAUUAUAAGCACAGAAAUUCCACACAAGGCAGUAGGCUAUGUGCGAAUGUUCCUUCCAUAAUACAAUUGUUAGGAAAAAAUCGUUGUCAAAUCACACCACACAUGCGAGCGGUUUCUUGAGACAGAGUUGAAAAUAUCUGUUAGAAAUUUAGAAAGAGUGGACCUCUAAAGGUGCAACAACUAGCAUGGGCUGCUUAUAUGACAAGAAUUGUGCCUUUCGGCUACUGGACAAUGAAAGGAGUUUAAUCUGAAAACCAGUAGAACAUGAGAAAUAGGCUACUGGUUUCAAUAGAAUAUGGAAGUCUUUAGAAAAUAAUUGCCUGCGCGUUUGGUUGGAUUUUGGCUAGGCUACUUUGAAGCAAGGUAAGACAUGCCUUAUAAUGUGUAGUUAAAUGUUCCGGUUUCAAACAAUUAAGUAUAUAUUUUCAAAAUACAUACUGCCUCCUGCUCAUUGCAAAUUGGUGUGUUGACUAGCUGAAGCCUGCCUAGUUGCCUAUGCACUUGAAUGGCGAAUGGGAAGUGCGCUUCAAUUAACAGUUGAUAAAUAAAAGUAGUAGCUCUUUUUAAUCAUGACCAUCAAAACUGUUUUUAACACAAGAUUGCAUAUAGAAUUGUUGUGCAGUGAUUGGGCUUAUAGUAGCACGUUUCACUCCAGCAGCAACAAACAAGCUGUUUGAUGAGCUGUAGAAGCAGCUCUUGCGCUACAUCGACUGGUAUUUCAAUCAAUAAAUAGGCUAAAAUGCAUUUUCACAAUGCGAUUUUCCUUCUUCUCCAGGACAAUAGGCCAGCGGCAAUUUUAGUUAUCGGCCAAAAGCCGGCUAUUACCGGCUAACGGAAACCCUGUCACAAACACGCACACACACAAGUAAGGUGUUCAGUCAGUGACAAAUACUCACUCUAAACCCAGCCAUCACACAUACAGACUCAUACAGAUGUGCAGUUGAGAAAAGAUGACUGCUGACGAGUCCGGCUGAGGCACGACAGGCGUGCAAAACAAGGACAUAAGACAACACCCCUCGACAAAGCCAGUCUUGCUGCUGGUGCUCUCUGAUACUGCUACUCAACAGGCUGAGCCGGCUAGCGCUCUGCCUUCUAGCAUGGCAUCUAGCCCCGCUACACAAUGUCUGGGUUAAUCAGACUCUUCCGCAGCUUCUUCCAAUGCAAGCUUUACGUUUUAAACGGCAUCACAAUUGACAUCUGUACAUGUCUUGGAGUGUUGUUCAUCUGUACUCUUGUGUGUCGAUACUAUUGUGCUUCACUGUGUUGCCGUUUGUAGUGGCUACAUGGGUGUAUUUCAACUGCACAGUGCACAUUUUGGUUUGUUAUAAACGGCUUUGGUUGUAGUUGGUUAUUGCUGGAAACAGUUGAAAAAUCCACAUCUCGUAGAAUACUAUGUCAAUGCAAAAAUCUAUUGAUACAUUCCUUUAUAUUAUUUUGUAAUGUUUAUACAAGAGACAAAUGUUUGAGCGAGCAUUUAUUCAGAGGUAUUCUAUUUUAUUUGUAUUUAAAGAAUAGAUAUUACAAAAGCUAAUGAGUGCUGUGGUGUAAUGUAUGUUUCAAAUACCUGCGUAUGACUAGUUUGGGGAAAUUCUCACGUCUAAUUGUUGUACUGAGUGUGUGACGAUUAUUUGUGUAAUGUUUAACUGUCGUAAUGAGCUGUUUAGAUAUGCUAAAAGCCGAUGGUCAUGUUGCUGUAAGAUGAUUUUAGUAUGCGUGUACACCAUAUUUGGACUAAUUUCAUAGUGAGUCGAGUGGCUUGUUGUAGGGAUAUUAUUUUUCUAUCAAGUACCAAGGUGAUGAUACGUAUUGUUAUUUAUGAUACAUUUUAUUUCCCGUUUGUUUUCUGAAAUGGCUCGAGAGGGAGAGUAACACUGUAAGGAGAAAGAACGAAGGAAAAGAAUGAUAAAGGAAUAAAAGAAUGAGGCAGAGAUGAAAGGGAUAACAGGAUAUGAAGGAAAGAUGUGGUGGUAGAAGAGGAUUUGGGAGGUGAAUGAGGAAGGAGAAGAGGACCGAUAUGAGGUGGUGCUUAAUUCAAUUGAAAACCUUGUAACAUCCAUGAUUUAUCAAUAAACCCCUGCUGACUCUUAUUAGACUGGGGUUGACUUAAUGUUUGGAAAGUAAUAGCAAUAUGAUUUAAAUUGUCAAUAGUGACAUUGUGUUGAUUACUUCUGUAAGAUAUAUCUGCUCAAUAUCAAUGUCGCAUAGCAUUUAUCCUCAGUAAUAUCUAAUGUCUCAUCUAAGAUUAUUGUCAAAUUGUGCUGGAUGUUUUGUUAUACCGCAAAACAAAAAUGGUCUUUGUAUUUAUUACAUGUAUUUUUUCUAUGGUGAAAAUUAAGUACAUUGUCUAUUUUAUAUAUUAAUAAUUGAAAUAAAUGUUGUAUAUAUUGUACAUAAAA